AGCUUGUGCUGCUUGUAGGGGGUUCUAGUAAGCGAGGAGUUGCCAGUCGCGAUGAGCUUCCUGCUCCCCAAAUUGUCCAGCAAAAGAGAGGUGGACGAUGCGGUUAAAAGCGUGGCAGAAAAAGUCCUCGUCCUUCGUUUUGGCAGAGAUGAGGAUCUUGUCUGCAUGCAGCUGGACGAUAUUCUUUCAAAAACAUCUCACGACUUAAGUAAAAUGGCUACAAUUUACUUGGUGGAUAUAAACAAGGUGCCAGUGUACACCCAGUAUUUUGAUAUCAGCUAUAUUCCAUCAACUGUCUUUUUUUUCAAUGGUCAGCACAUGAAAGUCGAUUAUGGUUCUCCAGAUCAUACCAAGUUUGUGGGAAGUUUCAAAACAAAACAAGACUUCAUAGAUUUGAUUGAAGUAAUUUACCGUGGCGCAAUGCGUGGAAAACUUAUUGUACGUAGUCCAAUUGAUCCAAAAAAUAUUCCCAAGUAUGACCUACUCUACCAAGACAUUUAAAAGCCACAGAACUGGAAUAUGGAUAUCCCGAGACUGAUUUAUCCCAACUUUUUAGAUGUUUAACACAUUUGAAACUACAGGAAAGGGAUUGAGUUUAACUUCAUCUUCAGGAUCAUGUUGGUCGCCAUCAAGAGACAGAUAUUCUGUCAUUAGUUCCUUAUUAGAUAAAGCUUUGUACAGGAAAAAGUUGGUGAAUCAUUAUUCUUACUUGCUUAGGUUAGAACUUAAUAUACUUGGGCUGUUGCCAAGGAGUUUGCUGCAGAGUAAACAAACCCUGAUUCUAAUAAAUGCUCUGGAACUAUGCAUCAAUACACCUAUAGAAACCAUAUCACUCUAUAGCAAUCUUUAAAAAAUUGUCAUAUAUCAUUAAUUGGUAUCAGUAUCUGCCCUUGUGUUCCAAUGAUCGAAUUAAUAAUUUUGAAUACUAAUCUUGAAAAAUAAUGUGCUGGUUUCAGACAUUCAAUGGGAGAUUCACUUCUGAAUGAUAAGGCAUUAGCUUAUUAUAUAGGAUUGCUUUACUCCCCCCCCCCAAAAUCUGAAAAUAUUCAAUGUCAAAUUUAACUGUACUGAACAGGGUGGAUAAAUAUCAAUGUUUUUAAAUGAAAUUUUGGAUUUUUAUUUGAACUGGAUUGUUAAAAACAAACUUUUUGUGCAAAAAUGUAUUAAAGAGUUUCCUAUUUAAGAUAUAUUAAAGGUUAUUCAUCAUGAAA